AUGGGAAGGGAAGUGAGGCGUAGUGCAGCGUGGAACCGUAUGGGUACCGUUAGAUUCGUUGGUAGUGGUGUUAUAGUGGUGGCAACAGAGAUAGCGCUGGUGAUAAGCGGAUGUGGCUUGGAGCUGAGUACCGCGAGAUUCGCAAAUAGUGAUGCUGUGACAGUGGGCAGUGAUAACAGCGGAGAUAGUAAUGGUGAUAAGGUGAUUAGGUAA